AUGCGACUCUCAUCCAACAGCAAGCUACCAAGUUUCCUUUAUGUUGGUUUGGUCUGGGCGGAAGCCAACACACGUGAGGCUGGUGGGGCUGACAAAAGGGCUGACUCACUCAAGGUUGCAACCUGGCUCUCAGUGGCAAUCAAGCGAAGAAUCCAGGCCUGUGCCACAGAGGGCAUCAUUGUUGUUCCAGGGUGGGAGCCAGUUUCAUCUUGGCAAGAGACCCGGGUGAUCCCAACACUUGCCUCUACAGACUUCACGUGCUGUUUUCCAUCUGCAUCCAAUGAGCUUCCCUUGCGUGCUACAUUCCUCAAGGCCAUGGAGGAGAAGCUGUCAAUCCCAGAAGUCCAAGAAGAAUGGCAGAAUGUCAUCAAAGCACACAAUGCAAAAUUCAACAAGGCAGGAGUUCCAUAUUCUGGAGAAGGAUCUGGACCAAAUGCAGCAGGGACUGAGGGAUCGGAAGGGAACACAAGACAGAAACGCAAGCUUGAUGUGGUGGAAGAGCCACCGCAAGGAAACAAGUUUCUGAAGCUCGAGCAUCAUGGCAAGGGCAAUGCUAUCUUUGAUGUGGAUGGCAAUGUUUGGUUUCAGGCCAAGGAUAAUGCAGAUGCUGCAUUGGACCAUGACGGACCACCUAUUGCCUUGAUCUAUGGGAACUUCAAAAUCCAACAGGAAGCUGAAAAGCUCCUUGAGACGCAGAAGGAUGAUGUGAUGAUGAUUGGUUUCGAGGAUGAUGAGAGCAAGGGCGUCUUCCGUAUGCAGCAAGAGCCACAAGGAACUCUCUGUUCCCUCAGGGAUUUUUUGCUCAAGCUGGAGAAGGAUGGUUCAGAUGUCACAACACUUGAUCUGGCAUGUCACAAGAUCGAGCCCCAAGUGAACAAGGAUGAGGCGGGUGAUGUGCAGAGUCGAACCUUCAAAGUGACGAAGACAGGGCCCUGUGUAUUUGUGCCAGCAGAGACGCCCCGAAAGAUUGCAAGUGCCAAACCUCCAACCUGGGAGGAUGCUGGCAGCCUGGUUUGUGCAUCAACCUCGAAGACACGAAGCACUUUUGGACCUGGAUACACCAACAAGACUUGUGUGCUUCAGGUCACGCCACGAUGGCUUGUCAGCAACAAUGCACAAUCCUUCUCUUUGACUCCUGAGAAGCCAGGACUCUUUGUCUCUGAGGAUUCAGUUGUUCCUGCUGGCAAGGUCACCAAGCUUGUGUGA